AUGGUGAACGCAAAGCCGCUUUACGAGAUAGAGAGAAAGAAACACCGUGUCACAAACUGUUGUGUGUAUAUUGUUAGACCGCAUGUGAUAGCAUCGGUUUUAAUCACGGGAUAUAUUUUACUUGGUGGACUUCUUUUCAAGGUUAUCGAACACGAUGUUAAAGUACCACCUCCUUACGGAACUGGGCAAUCUCCUGUACAUGUUCUCCGGUUCGAAUUGCUCCAAUCACUGCAGGCACUGUGGGUCAAUAGCAGUGUCUCCGAGUCGUGCAACUGGACGAUGUCCGCUGUUGAACUUCUUAUCGAAUACGAAGAUCAGGUUGGUGGUCUGAACGCUUCGCAGCGUGGAGAGAAUACCGAUGGGUCUCCGUCAUUUACAGAUUGGUACACGUCAUGUUUCUUUUGUUUCACUGUCAUUACAACUAUAGGAUAUGGCCUAUCAGCGCCGAGGACGACCAUGGGACAAAUAACUUGUAUUAUCUACGCAAUCAUUGGUGUUCCAUUGUUUUUAACGUACCUCGCUAAAUUGGGAGCGUUAAUGGCAGAACCAGUAAAACUAAUGUAUUGCAUUGUGAGUAAGAAAUGUGUCGCCAUCGUGACCUCAAAUGACGACCUGAAAUCAAGUACCAAGAGUCAUAAAACGAAGAAUGACGUCACAACACGUGGUAUAGAGAUUGCAACAAAGCAUAACGACACGGUUGAUGAAAUCAUAGAAACCACUGUUGAAUUAAAUAAUUUGGAACAUAUGCAUUCCGAAUUAGUUACCGAUGGCGUAACCCAGAUUAAUUAUUCAGAUAGGACCGGAGACAGUGAAGUACAUUCUCAAAAAUGUGCAAAACAAAAUGAACGUUUUUCAGAAAAUUACGAAGACACAGAAGUGCCUUUGAUAGUGAUUAUAGUUUUGAUGUCUCUAUACGUGUUCAUAUGCGCAAUAUGGGUUGCUAAAAUAGAACAAAUGACGUAUUUAGAGUCAAUUUACUUUUGUGUUAUCACGUUUUCUACGAUUGGAUUCGGCGAUUACGUACCAAAUCGGCACAGUCCGUUUUUGUGGUUGUAUAUUAUCAUUGGGCUUGUAAUGAUGGCUGCUAGUUUCAGACUGCUAGAGGGCAGACUCAGCAAAAUUAUGAAACGAAUCAACUGUGCGGUUUAUCCAAUAUUAUGCAUACAUGUUUGA